CUCCGCUCUUUAUUCUCUUUUCUCACUGACAGGAUGGAACUUGCUGCACUGAUGCAGGAGCUCAAGUGCUCAAUAUGCCAAGAUUUCUUUAGAACUCCUGUCACACUACCUUGUGGCCAUUCCUUCUGCCACGAGUGUAUCCAAUUAACAUGGAGGAGACAGGAGUCUUCAACUCCUUUUUGCCCUGAAUGCAGAGAGACAUUUCCAAUGAACCUGAAACUCAACAACAACUCCAAGAUGGGGAACAUGGUGGAACGUCUCACUUCUCAACCAACACAGACAGAAGUUAGUAAGGAUAUCUGUUCUUACUGUGUUGGAAAGCCAAAUACUGACGUUAGGAAAAUAUGCCGGGUAUGUGAAGCAUUUCUUUGUGAUAUUCACCUGAAAAGUCACUGUAAGACACCAGACCAUGUCCUUAUGGACCCCAUUACUUCUCUGCAUAGAAGAAAGUGCAAUGUUCAUCAGAAGAGUCUCGAGUAUUCCUGCUUAGUGGACUGUACUUACAUCUGCCCCUCAUGUAUCAUUUUUGGAGAGCACAGACAACAUGCAGUAACUCUUGUAACAAAUAUAUCAGAGCAACAAAGAGAUGACCUGAAAUGUGUUGUUGACCAGCUCACACUGAUGGAGAAAAAGAUGCAGAAGAUCUCUCAGCAAGCGAGAAGGCACCGAAAAUAUACCAAAGCCAAGUCAGUGAGUAGAAAUAACAAGGUGAAAAAGAUGUUUUCUGAAAUCAGAACACAACUAAAAAUGGUGGAGCUUCAGGUUAUUGGUGAGAUCACCAGGCAAAAUAAAGAAGAUGCAGACAGGGUCUCCAACCUCAUAAAGAAGCUAAACCAAAGGAAAUCAGUCAUAUCUCAGAAGAUUGCUGGGAUAGAGGGCCUUCGUAACAAUUCUGAUCCAAUGGCCAUCCAGGAGAACAAGAGCCGUGAAUUAAACAGUGCUACGGCUUCAUUAUGUGACAUAACAGACCUCCAAGGUCUAAAAGGUCUAGAUGAUGUGCUUGUUAUGGUGAACUUACAGUCCGCUCUACACAGAUUCCAAAAUGAAGUGACAAAAAUCCAGCAGGAAAACGGUCUGUGGGGUCACGUUGCUUCCCAUCGGCUGAUGGACAUUAGUAAGUUUGCGGGAAAGAGCAUCUCUGAAGGUUUGUUUAAUGCUUUCCGGUUGGAUCCAGGGGAAAGGCAACACCAGAGCUUUAGGCUACACCAGGUGGUAGGUUCCAAUGCUAUGUCUUCAGGAAGGCAUUACUGGGAAGUGGAGAUCGAUGAUCUUCAAUGCUGGGGUCUUGGGGUGUCCUACGAUAGAAUUAUAACAGAUGAUGAGUCUUUGUUAGGAUUUAAUUCUUAUUCGUGGUGCCUGUAUAAACCCAUGUCAGGUGAUGUUCAUGCUGCACACAACUGUGAGGAACCCCUAGUUCCCAUGGAUUCUCCGGUUGCAGGAAUAGGUGUAUACCUGGACUAUGAGGAGGGACGCAUAUCGUUCUUUCAGCUUUCUAGCAGUAUUAGGCUCCUACACACCUUCUCCACUACCUUCCAAAAUCCUCUUCAUGCUGUUUAUUAUGUAGCUGUGGAUAACGAGCAAAAGUAAAGGGAAAUAGACAUUACAAAUGGACCUCUUUAUGGGGCAC